AUGGCCGUUGCCAACGGGUCCUUUGCGACCUUUCUGAUUGUCUGCCCGACCGCUUUCUUCCUGGGAAUCAUCUUCUCGCUCUUCCCCUACGACUAUCCGAUUCUGUGGUCGACGGUUCCCACCCCGCCAUCUCACUAUGACUACCUCGAGGCACAUCUGCGGUUCCUGCACGCGUCGCCGCCGCUCAUCCCACGCAUUCUGCACAUUGUGAUAUUCCUCGGUCUAGCGGGUCUGAUCAUGAAACUGUACAAGCCCACCGAGUCGAACAUGCUGUUCGAUGGCGCCUCGCUGGUCCUCUACAUGUGCGGCGUGACCGUUUACAUUGCAAACAUCGUCAAGGGGCUCCGCCUCGUCUCGGCGGGUAAAUACGGCGCUGAGCUCGUCCAGUCCACCGAGGAGGAGGGCCAGAUCCUCGACCGCGAAGAUAGCUUGAAGGUUCUCGCGGCUAGCAAUACCAUUCUCGCCCUUGUGCUGGUCGGCGUGCUCGUCCUGCAGGCUGGGCAGUGGUAUGCCGACCGCAAGGAGGCCCAGGAGGUCCAGAGCUUCCAGGAUAAAGCCGCUGCUGAGGCUACUGACAAGGCUGCUGAGGCCACGGGCGUCGACUCUUCUUCUUCCCCCAAGGAGCAUCAACAGGAAGCUACGCAGCGCGUGACUCGGAGUGGCAAGAAGAAGAGCAACUAG